GUCGCGUCAAGUGCAAAGUGCCAGCGAGAAAGUCUUCGGUAAGAGCUUUGGGGCUGCGAGCGAAUCGGCGGGAGGGCAGAAGCACUCGCGUUGCCAAGCAGGAAGUCGACUCCAAGUAGCAAUAGCAACGGCAACGGCAACGGCAACGGCAACCAAAUCGACACCGACAACGACACUCACAUGGCUUCUGGAUCGGGAACGGGGGUGACGAGCACAGGUAGAGGCGGAGGCGCGACGUCGAGCUAUUCAACUCCAGCAUCUCUCCUGCCCAGCGCCAUCAACGCAGCGCCUUCAGCCUCCUACAUCGUCUCUUCCCAUCCUCUUUCUUCUUCGGCCUCUUCAAGCAUGGGCCCAACAGAUUUGGCCCUCUCGCGCUCCUUCAUUCCUCGCACGUCUUCUUUGAAAGACAGCAUGGAGAGCUACAGAGCUUAUCGUGAUGAGCGCAAAGAACCGCACGGCGUUCUUCGAACGUAUGAUAUACUCGGAUUCCUCAGCAGUGGAACGUAUGGACGGGUGUACAAGGCGAGGCUGAAAGAAGACAAUGCGCUGGCCUUGAAGAGGAACAGGCGAGCGGCGGGUUCUGGAGCUUUCUCCCGCACGGCAGCUGCGGAGAGAGAUGCGAAGAUUCUGGCAGAAGAAGAAUCGAACGUAUUUGCUAUCAAAAAGUUCAAACCUGACAAGGAGGAGCAGACCGGCUACACGGGCAUCAGUCAGAGCGCAAUGAGAGAGAUUGCUCUCAAUCGCGAACUGAGCCACAUCAACCUCGUCACGCUGCGGGAGGUCAUCUUGGAGGACAAGGCAAUCUACAUGGUCUUUGCCUACGCCGAGCACGAUCUGCUUCAAUUGAUUCAUCAUCACCACGUCACUCUACGAAGCUCCAUCUCCUCUGCCGUUCUGAAGUCCAUCCUUCAUCAGCUUCUCUACGGUCUGUCCUACCUGCACUCCCACGCCGUGCUACAUCGAGACCUCAAACCCGCCAACAUUCUCCUGACCUCUUCAGGCAUCCUCAAAAUAGCUGAUCUGGGUCUGGCUAGGCUCUCCUCGCAACCUUUGCAGAGCUUGUAUACGGGGGACAAGGUGGUAGUCACCAUCUGGUACAGGAGUCCUGAGCUGCUGCUGGGAGCCAGACACUAUGGUACCGCCGUGGAUGUUUGGGCAGUGGGCUGCAUUUGGGGAGAGUUGCUGGCACUCAGACCCAUGUUCAAGGGUGAUGAGGCUAAGGGGGACGGCAAGAAGGGCACACCUUUUCAAGGUGACCAGCUCAAGAGGAUCGUCGAAGUGUUGGGCACACCUACGAAAGAUAGGUGGAACGACAUUGAUUUGAUGCCAGAGUACAAGACUUGGUGGCCACACCUCCGUCUUGAAGGAUACCCGGGCGCCCUGUAUCACUGGUACACCGUUCGCGCAAAGACAUCGUCUGGCUUCGACCUGCUGGAGAACUUAUUGCAAUACGAUCCUGCCAAGAGACUCUCGGCUGCUCAAGCUUUGGAUCAUCCCUGGUUCAAGGAGAUGCCUUUGCCCACUGCCGAGUAAGUCGAGACGUUUCAAAGCACAUGUGCUUCUUGCACAGAGCGCCUGGCUUCUCAUGAAAAAUGUCAAGGAUGUUUUGUUGAUGUCUGACUGGCUUCUCGGUC